AUGGGCAACACCGUGCACAGGACCCUGCCAGACGCGUGCCCUCCAGCGCGCCUUCUCGCCACCCGGCAAUGCUGCGGGCCUGGCCUCGAGCGGCGCCCGGUCCUGGGCGAAGCCCCGCGCUUCCACGCCCAGGCCAAGGGCAAGAACGUGCGGCUGGACGGCCACUCGCGCCGAGCCACGCGGCGCAACAGCUUCUGCAACGGGGUCACGUUCACGCAGCGGCCCAUCCGGCUGUACGAACAGGUACGGCUGCGCCUGGUGGCCGUGCGCCCAGGCUGGAGCGGAGCGCUGCGCUUCGGCUUCACGGCGCACGACCCGUCGCUCAUGAGCCCGCAGGACAUCCCCAAGUACGCCUGCCCGGACCUCGUCACGCGGCCCGGCUACUGGGCCAAGGCACUGCCUGAGAACCUGGCGCUGCGCGACACCGUGCUGGCCUACUGGGUGGACCGCCACGGCCGCGUCUUCUACAGUGUCAACGACGGCGAGCCCGUGCUGUUCCACUGCGGUGUGGCCGUGGGCGGCCCGCUCUGGGCUCUCAUCGACGUUUAUGGCAUCACCGACGAGGUGCAGCUCCUCGAAAGCGCCUUCGCCGACACGCUGCCGCCCGCGCGGAUCAGCCAGGCCCGCUUCAGCGCCUGCCCGCCGCCCGGCAGCCUCGACGCUGCCAACUUCGACAACAACGAGCUGGAGAACAACCAGGUGGUGGCCAAGCUGGGCCACCUGGCGCUGGGCCGCGCCCCGGCCCCGCCGCCCGGUGACAACGCGGUCUCCGCCAUCCCGUGCGGGCCCCGCGAGCGCCCGCGCCCUGCGUCAUCGCCGGCGCUGCUGGAGGCCGACCUGCGCUUCCACGUGAUGCGCGGGCCCGACGUGUGCCUGUCCACCGACCGCAAGGUGGCCUGCGCGCCGCGGCCCGACGGUGGCCGCACGCUCGUCUUCUCCGAGCGCCCGCUGCGGCCCGGGGAGAGCCUCUUCGUGGAGCUGGGCCGCCCGGGGCUGCCGGCGCCCGGCGCGCUGGCCUUCGGCAUCACGUCGUGCGACCCGGGCGGCCUCCGGCCCACCGAGCUGCCUGCCGACCCCGACUCGCUGCUCGACCGCAAGGAGUACUGGGUGGUGGCGCGCGCCGGGCCGGUGCCAAGCGGCGGCGACUCGCUCAGCUUCACGCUGCGGCCCGGUGGCGACGUGCAUCUGGGCAUCAACGGGCGCCCACGAGGCCGCCUGAUGUGCGUGGACACCACGCAGGCGCUCUGGGCCUUCUUCGCCGUGCGUGGCGGUGCCGCCGGCCAGCUGCGCCUCCUCGGCACCCUGCAGUCCGGCCCUGCGAUCCCGUCGCCGUCAGGGUCGCUCGGCGGCUCCCAAGACGACAGCGACUCCGAUAUGGCCCUCAGUGUCAACCAGUCCUCCUCGGCAUCCGAGUCAUCCCUGGUGACCGCCCCCAGCUCCCCGCUGAGCCCCCCGGUGUCCCCCGUGUUCCCCCCACCGGAACCGGUGGGCAGCAAGAACGGCGAGUGCACGGUGUGCUUCGACAGCGAAGUGGACACGGUCAUCUACACGUGUGGACACAUGUGCCUGUGCUACAGCUGCGGCCUGCGGCUCAGGAGGCAGGCGCGGGCUUGCUGCCCCAUCUGCCGGCGACCCAUCAAAGACGUCAUUAAGAUCUACAGGCCGUAG